AUCACCUCCAUCUUUCCUAUCAGGAUCAACAACAUGAAAUCAGGAAACCUCUCUGAUACUGCAGAAUUCCUCCUCCUGGGACUGUCAGGGGAUCCAGAACUGCAGCCCGUCCUCUUCUGCCUGUUCCUGUCCAUGUACCUGGUCACUGUGCUUGGCAACCUGCUCAUCAUCCUGGCCAUUAUCUCCGACUCCCACCUCCACAUGCCCAUGUACUUCUUCCUCUCCAACCUGUCCUUUGUUGACAUCUGUUUCACCACCACCACGAUCCCGAAGAUGCUGGUGAACAUUCAGACACAGAGCAAAGCCAUCAGCUACACGGGCUGCCUCACCCAAAUCUGCUUUGUCCUGACUUUUGCUGGAUUGGAAAAUGGAAUUCUGAUAAUGAUGGCCUAUGAUCAAUUUGUGGCAAUCUGCCACCCCCUGAGGUACAACGUCAUCAUGAGCCCCAGACUGUGUGGGCUGCUGGUUCUGCUGUCCUUUCUUAUUAGUGUUCUGGAUGCCCUGCUCCACACUUUGAUGGCACUACGGCUGUCCUUCUGCACAGACCUGAAAAUCCCCCACUUUUUCUGUGAAUUAGCUCAUAUUCUCAAACUCGCCUGGUAUUUAGUGACCAGCUUGUUGGGUGUUGUUCCUCUCUCUGGGAUAAUUUUCUCUUAUACUCGAAUUGUGGCCUCCAUUCUGAAAAUCCCAUCAGCUGGUGGAAAGUAUAAGGCAUUUUCCACCUGUGGGUCUCACUUAGUAGUUGUUUCCUUGUUCUAUGGGACGGGUUUUGGGGUAUACCUCAGUUCUGAGGCUACACACUUUUCCAGGAAAAGUGCAAUAGUAUCUGUGAUAUAUACAGUGGUCAUCCCUAUGAUGAAUCCAUUUAUCUAUAGUCUGAGGAACAAGGACAUGAUAGGGGCUUUGAGUAAGCUCAUCUCUAGAAUAUCAUCUUUUCAUUGA